AUGGCGGCCUAUGAGCAGGUCCAACAGGGGCCCCUGAAGCUGACAGGCACCGCAGAGCUCGGCGUGACCAAGUGGAAGAAGAAAAAGGACAAACACAAGGCAAAACUCCUAGAACCAAUGGGAACGAGCAAAAAGAACGAGGAGGAAAAGCGGCACAGUCUGGACAAGUGGACCCCGGCCCAGCUGGCCUUCGAGAAGAUGCAGGAGAAGCAGCAAAUGGAAAGGAUCCUGAAGAAAGCAUCCAAAACCCACAAGCAAAUUGUGGAGGACUUCAACAGACACUUGGAUGCAUUCACGGAGCACUGUGACAUUCCCAGAGUCAGCUGA